AGGCAGGUAAGUGGGGUAAUAAGGCAGGUAAGUGGGGUAAUAUGGCAGGUAAGAAAGAUGCUAAAAUAAAAACUGGUUUGAGCGACAGAUCCAGAGGAUGGAUUUGAACUUGAUACUAUAUGCCAGUAUAUGUAGAAGUGCAGUUGAAGCUGGAAUAUUGUUUUUGUGUAAUAUUGGAGAAAAGAAUCUUCUGCAUAUAAAAGACAGUAGUUGACCCCAGCUCCACCUCCAGCAGCUCUCACAUGCUGCUUAACCUCUAAAUGCCUCAUUAUGAAUCAUUUAAUGAUGUCAUGUAUGAUCAUAUAUCAGUCAGAAGAACCAAACCAGUACCAUUUACUUUAAUACUACAUUUUACCUCUAAAACCUGCACACUUUUACUUAAGUAGGAUUUUUGAUGCAGGACUUUUACUUGUAAUGGAGUAAUCUGAAUACUUACUUUUUAACACCAAACACUGCUGAUGUUGAUGAUGUAUAGUAAGCACAAGCUUACUGUAUCCAAGUGUUUUUAUCUAGAACUGAGGAUGACAACCCCAGUUAUCCGCAUUGUCAACCCAGAAGGCCCUGUGAAACGUCAACAGGCUGUACUGGUGUCGACUAAAGAGGCCAGGUACUAUCGGGAGAAAAAAAUGGUCUUCCCCAGACCUCCACCGGAGCUGCUGAACAAGGCCACUGCCCUGUCCCACGCAGAGAAACUCCUUCAAGCAGAGGGCAUCCCUGCGCCAUCACAUCAGCUGUGCUUGGGAAAGCUGGUGCUGCUAUUUGGCCAGUAUGAGAAUGCCCCAUUCCACUGGCUUGUGGCAAACGACGUUGGCUACAUGAAAUACACCCGCAGACAAGCACCACCAAGUGUAAUCCUACAUCAUGGCCAGGUGAUGACACUGAACUGUUAGCUGCAAGCCAGUCUAUAGAAGACUCGCUUAAAGCCCAGUCCCAGGGUUCUAGGCACAUGGCCAAGAUCAAGCCACCCGAGUUCACUGUCUGGACAAAACAGCCUGACAAGAAACCACGGUCAGUUGUCCAGCCAGAACAGCCUGAGAAGAAACCACAGUCAGUUGUGCGGCCAAAAAAGCCUAGGCCUACUGUCCGCCUCCAGCAGCCCAAGUCCACUGUCCCUCUAGAACAGCCUGAGCCAUCUGUCCAGCCCAAACAGAACGCAUCCACUAGCCAGCACACAGAGGCCCCGUCCAUGACCCAGGGCCAUGAUUAUCCUGUGGAAUCACUUUGCAGUGACAGCCCCGCAAGUGCUAUUCACAUUAUGUACAGACAGCAUAAAUCAGAACAAUUUGUUUUAGUAUUAUUUUGUACACAAUAAUAACCAAAUCCCUUGUGUAUGUUGUUUGUGGUGCAGGUGGAGCUAGAGGGCUGGGUACGUCUGUGGGAAGACUCCAGUGGCAUCCCAUCUGCCGACAUUUCCUGCCUCAAAGAGGACACCGAAAGAGGGAUGUUCACUCCAGUUCAAAUCUACAGGGACAACACUGGUCUGUUCAAGAGGUGACGGGUGAUGAAAUCCGACCGCAUGUGGUUUUACCCACCGGAUUCUCCCGGCUACAUCAGGGGGGCUGUGCCAACUCCUCAGCCAUUUUUUCGGAGCUGUGUCAUUGUGUGGCGCCCUGUUGGAGUGUGGAGGUACUCCCUGAAGUGUCUGCGAGGUGAUGAAUGUGUGGGUAGAGGACAGAAUGUGCACCUCUACAAGUCUGGCUACCACCCCCGGGUACGUCACAUCUGUGAUGUGUCCAGCUGGUACACAAUGCACACUGAGGUAUUGUGCUGUGGACCCUGUACAAAGAUGGCUAGGAGUGGAGAACCGGACCGAAGGCAACACUAUGGUCAAGGUGUGGCGGCAGAUACAGGAGAAUCAUGUUGAGGAGUACCUUCAAUGUAAGGACCUGUACACCACACUCCUCAUGACUGUUUUGAAACCCGGAGGGAUCGUCUCUGUGUUAGGGCACACUUUUCAGGCUCCACCUCCUCCAAGAGAGCUUCCCUCUGCACGGCUCCUGCGACACGCCUUCCUGCUGGCAGAGGCCAACAAUGUCCAGGAUUACAGGAGCCAGAUCCUCUCCACUUUAGGCACUGUGCUCAAAAUGGAUUCCACAAAAAAAGUGGUGAAGAAGCUGUCUGGGGAGGGUGCAGGCUCAGUUGAGUGGUUCACCAGCAUUGGAAACGAGCACUCCCAAAUAGUUUCCUUUGUGCUGACCUGUGAAGAGUCUGCUGAGAAGCUGCAGCCGAUGUGCCUUGGAGUGAUGAACAGGUUUCGGCUGGCCAAUCAGCCUGUCCCCAAGAUCUUGUAUGUGGACAGUGGGUGUUGCCGUGCACAGGGCCGAACAGCUGUGGAGACUUUGUUCCAGCCUUGGGUGGAUAAUGGGAUGGUUGUGCGUCUGGACAUCUUUCACUGGAUCCACCGGUUUGAUGCAGCCAUCCGCACAGAAUCUCACUCCAAGUAUGCCAUGUUCAAGUCUGUGCUGGCUGGGGCAGUGCUGGUGUACAACCGCACAGACUUGGAGCUACUCAUCAAGGCUGUCAGAGCUAAGGACCUGCCAGCGCUGAAGUGUGUGUCAGAUGAGGAUGUUGUAUGCCGCUAUAUUUCCAGGGAGCAGCUGAAACACCAUGUUCGGAGGGUUACACUCGGGGUUCAGGAAACAUUCCGGCUCGUCCACCUGGCCAUUGAGGAGCUGAAAGGUCCCACUGGACUGGAUGAGAAUGGAGUGAGCCUCUUCAAAACACCUGGUGUAUUUACAGAGGCCAUUGAUGAGAUGUGGGCAGCCCAGCAGCGACACCUGGAGUGCAUUCAGGAUCCACCAGAUAUGAACAUGUAUAGGGUGGCACGUAGCACAACCAUCAACAACGUGGACGUGCCCUACUAUAAAUGUUUGCGUGGAAACAACAGCCUGGAAGGAUUCCACAAAACUCUACCGAACAUGAUUCCAGGUCCCCACUGUGCAGCACGGCCCUAUCAGGUUUAUCUGAUAAGUGGCAUUGCACGGUGGAACUCAGACCGGACCUCGGAUGCUGUGUUUGGUGGCAGAGGACGGCACCACAGGAUUUGUUCUGCGCCACUACACCCACUGUCGGCAGCUGUUCGGGGAGUAUGUGGAGGAGAACUUCCAGGCCCCUGCUGAUGUUUUGUCCAACGAGCUGCUUGGGUUAGAGUACCUGUUCAGCCAGAGCACAGGCGAAUCCUUCUCUCUCCAGGACAUUGCCAAUGAUGGACCCAGUCCAGACGAGGAAGUGGUUCACCCUGAGCAGCCCGAUACAGGUGAAGCUGA